AUGCCUCCAAAAUUUGAUCCAAGUGAAGUUAAAUUCUUAUACUUAAGAGCUGUUGGUGGUGAAGUUGGUGCUUCAUCAGCUUUAGCCCCAAAGAUUGGUCCUUUAGGUUUAUCACCAAAGAAAGUUGGUGAAGAUAUUGCCAAAGCUACCAAAAACUUCAAAGGUAUCAAAGUUACUGUUCAAUUAAGAAUCCAAAACAGACAAGCUACUGCUUCAGUUGUUCCAUCUGCUUCUUCAUUAGUUAUCACUGCUUUAAAAGAAGCUCCAAGAGAUAGAAAGAAGGAAAAGAACGUUAAACACUCAGGUAACAUUCCAUUAGAAGAAAUUUAUGAAAUUGCUAGACAAAUGAGAGAAAAAUCAUUUGGUAAAAACUUAGCUUCAGUCACUAAAGAAAUCUUAGGUACUGCUCAAUCUGUUGGUUGUAGAGUUGAAGGUAAAAACCCUCAUGAUAUCAUUGAUGCCAUUAAUGCUGGUGAAAUUGAUGUUCCAGAAAACUAA